AUGGUAAAGUUAUUGAAAAAUAAAUCUCAGAAGCAAUUAGUCUUAUUCUUCGGUCCUUUAUUACAAGCAUUUCCAUGGUCUAUUCUGGUUUCUGAUAGUGAACUGGCGUUAUGUGGUCCUGAUUUGGCUUUUCAGUUCCAAAAAUUUCACGUUCAUCAUAUUACUUCUGUCUCUUACUUUCCUGCUAGUAGUGGAUUGCUUGAAAAAUACAUACAUAUACUGAAGGUAAAAGUUAGUAAGUUUAGGCUAUCAGAGUUGUCUUUACCAAUGUCCGUUAAAGCUGCUGCUAAUGCUAUGAAUCAUUUUGCUAGUUCAAAAAGACAAAUUUCUGCUGUUCAAUUAUUCUUUACUGCCUAUGAUAAGAAGAUUGAUUAUUUACCCUUCAAAGAAACUGCUGUUCCACAUAAAAAGAUAUAUUUUUUACCAAAUGGUAAACUUUUCUCAAUUUAUUUGGAAAGAAUUUUUAUUGCUAAACUUGGUUCUCGAGUUAAUAAUGGUCAUGGUGUAGAAAUUUUUGGUAUGCUUAAUAGCAAACAUGUUAUUUUUAAAAAACGUGGUUACUUAAGAAGAAAAAUCACCUCACCACGAAUGGAGGUUGAAGCUUUGGUUGAAUGUUUACAUAUUUUACGUGAUUUAGAUGUUUCUCAUGUCAUUAUUUUUUCUGAUAAUAGUUAUGUGGUAAAUUCUAAUAAUCAAGAAUGA